AUUAACUUUACUGUUACAAAGUAGAUAGAAUUGGAAGCUAUAGUUCUACAAAGCACAGCGAAACAGAAAGCAAAGCAAAGAGAGAGAGGUGAUCAUGGGGUCUCUAAUGGCGGGAUGGUCUUCUGCAGGGAAGGAUUUCAGAUCAGAGAAGUUUCAGAGGAACAAAUCGCUGACCAAAGAGGAGAUUGAAUCCUACUGGAAAUCAAAGAAGAUGAAUGAUGAAGAACACCUCACUGUACUCUCUGAUGUUCAGACUGAGAAUCAGGUGAAGAUGAAUGGAGGAUCAGCAGAUAAAUUUCAGAGAUCCAUCUCCUUCCCUAUAGGUGGUGAAAGAAAAAUGAAUUAUGGUGAUGAAAAUAUAUUGACUGAUGAGCUUAAGAAAAGGGACGGCUG